AUGGCCAUGGACUUUUUACCGCUUCUUCCUCUAGGUGCAAGCAGCAGCUCCUCGGUACAGGCGGGCCGCUCUGGUCAGGAUGCGGCCGGAGCAAGCGCUGCACCCCAGGAUGAGGACUCCACGAUUGACGAUCUGAUGCGACUUAUCGAAGACGGUCCUGGAGUUGGCCCUUGCAGGGACCAAGACGUGGACGAGCUACUAAAAUCUUUGCAGCCCAAAGAAGGCAGCCCUCUGUUGCGGCCAUCAGCCGCCCCAGGCAGUCCGAAAAGCCUCGUGCUGGAGGGUGAGGAGCAACAACAAGAGCUGGCGAUUGUGCAUGACCUGCCGGAGCCACACGAACAACUGCCGCCCGAUGUGUUCCCUGUGCCCUUCAUCUAUGUCUGCAAGUUCAAUGCGCGUUGCGAGCUGGACUUGAAACAGAUCGCAUUUGGGAUCCGUCAUGCCGAGUAUAAUCCCCGCAAGCAUAGCAGCAUCACGGUACGUCUUUUCAACCCUCGUGUCACGGCCUUGAUCCGUGCGAGUGGCGCAAUAACGCUGUCUGCAAACGCAGGCUGCGCUUCAGAGGAUGACUUGAAGAGGUCAGCGAAAAAGCUGGCCAGGCUGAUUCAAAGGUGUGGACAUGACGGUGCAAAGUUUGCUGAUUUCGCCGUUACCAGCAUCCUUUGUAAGGCCACUCUCGGAUUUCCCGUUCGCCUGGAUGUGCUGGCGUCCAGGUUCCGCAAGAACGCCCUUUACGAGCCAGAGUUCUUCUGCAGCUGUGCCUCUGGGCUGCAGGGGGGUUUUCCUUUCCGCGACUUUCAUCGCUCCCUGCCUCCGGGCAGGUAUUUCGCACACGACAGUCCGCUUCUUACAGCAUGA